AUGGCACAGUUGAAGCAAAGAAAGCCAUCUGAAGAUGAUAGGGUGUCGAAAUCGAGAGUCACUUACGCAGUUUUGUUGACUAUUUUCUCCGUGAUACUAGUAGUGUUGUGGGGCUUCCACGCCGUGUGGGCUGCUAAGGUAAUAUUGAACCGCACAUAUGGGAGCUUUUUCAAUAAUUUGGUAUUCGGACCAGGAACCUUCGUUGCCGGUGUUGGAUUGAGUGUGAAGCUCGUUACUUAUUUAAAUAAUGUAUUGCUCGAAGAGAGAUUAGAUAUGGAUCAUAAGAAGUACAUAUAG